AUAGCUGUUACCGUGUUUGCGCCAACACCAUUUGAACUCCACACAACAUAGAACAAACUGUCCUCAGUGUAUAACAAUUUCUAGUGACUACAAGUGACUGAGUGUACAAACCACCAUUCACUUUUUCGUACAGCCGGGCCCCUUGCAGGCUUCACUAGAAGAAGUUGCUGCAGCUUCUAGUAUCCCGAGUGAGCUAUUGUCAUCGCCAUGUUUGUACUGUACUGUCCUCAGUGUAUGAUGAGUUCUGAUAGAGACUACAAGUGGCCUAGUGUUCGAACUACCAUUCACGUCUUCGCACACUUGCAGUCGCCACCAGAAGCAGCCUCACACUGAAGACACAGCAGCAGCGAUCGCCCACUAGAGCCACAAGCUGCGGCAACAGUCCAUUCUCGCUUCCUGAAGCUAGCGGCAGCCACUUUGACUAGGACUAGGACUAAGACAAGCAUGUCAUCAUAAGCGAAGAGGCUGCAGAUAAGGGGGACACGUUGAGGUUUAAACGUGGAAAUGAUAAAAAAUACUCAUUUGAUGUGGUAUUCGACGAAAAUUCGACACAAGAGGAAGUCUACGACGUCACCACAAAACCCCUGGUCAAAAACAUUCUAAAUGGAUAUAACGCCACAGUGUUUGCGUAUGGUCCAACUGGUACCGGUAAGACCCACACAAUGGUGGGAAACCCCAAUGAACCUGGUAUCAUGCUAAGGGCUCUUAAUGACCUUUUCAAUGCCGUUAAGGGCAAUGAAGAUCAAUAUACGGUCACAAUGUCCUACCUGGAGAUUUAUAAUGAGCAGAUAAGAGACCUCCUUAAUCCUUCCUCGGGCUACCUAGACCUUCGAGAAGAUUCAAGGGGAAAAAAUAUUCAAGUGGCUGGAUUGUCAGAAAUUUCUACCACAUCGACUAAUGAGGUGAUGUCCCUUCUACAAAAGGGCAACAAAGCUCGAACAGUAGAGCCAACUGCAAUGAACAAGACGUCUUCACGAAGCCACGCCCUCUUAAGCGUAACCGUCAAGCACACGACCCCAAUCGAUAACGAAAAAGAUCACCUAAAAAUGUGCAUGAAACAGGGCAGACUUUUCAUGAUAGAUCUGGCGGGUUCGGAAAGGGCGAACAAAACAAAAAACAGGGGCAAACGCCUCCAAGAAGGGGCCCAUAUAAACCGAUCCCUCUUAGCCCUCGGCAACUGCAUAAACGCCCUCAGUGGAGGGGCGCGUUACGUCAACUUCAGGGAUUCAAAGCUCACAAGGCUCCUCAAGGAAGCCCUGGGGGGAAACUGCCGAACUGUGAUGAUAGCCCACGUGUCUCCGGCCCUCUCGCAGAGGGAAGAAACAAAGAACACCCUCGUCUACGCCGACAGGGCUAACCACAUCUCCAACAAGGUGGAAAGGAACAUGUUUGACGUUUCGUAUCAUGUGACUCAGUAUCAAACGGUUAUUAACGAAUUGAGGGGUGAAAUUUCGCGAUUGCAGUCGAAGAUGACCGAGGAGAGACCCAGAUCUGGGGACAUCAGGAGAAUCAGUGCCGAACAAAGGAACAACGAGGUCAGAAAUCUCAGAGAGCAGAUUGUUUCCACGUUCAAGGAACAAAUGAAACUGAGGAGAAAACUCAUGGAAAUCGACUCCCACCUUCUAAGUCUCGGUAUGGAUGCUGAGAGACAGCAUCUGAUCAUCUCCCAUUGGGAAUCCAGAAACAGCAAACUGUACAAAAACCAUGUCAACAUAUCCAGGGCUCAGACUCAGCAAUCCGUAAGAAAGAAGAAAUACGAAGGUUUCCACUCCGCCGAUCAUCUGAACGAAAUAGCCGAAGAAGGAUUUGAAAAUGAAGAAGACGACGAAGAGGGAGAAGUAGAAGGGGAUGCUGCAGUCCAACUGGCGUGGGCAGAACUCGGAGAGAUCGAGAGGGAGCAAGAGAGAUGGUCGGAAUUGAGGUCACACAUCGAAGAAAAGCUGGAAUUGUGUAGAGAAAGAGGAGUCGCCCUGGAAGACAAACUCCCAGCACUGUUAUCAUCAGACGACGAAAGGGAAAUUUUGGCUUUGAUGUGUAGAGUUCAUGAGCUGGAAGCUGACAAAAUGGCCUUGCAAUCGGAGAGACUUGUCAGGCAACACGAAUUGAGAAGAAGAGACCUGGUCAUACUCCGGUACGACAGACAGAGACAGUUGUCUGAAGACAUCAUCACCAGACAAAGAAAAAUAAUCGAAGAUAGCAACAUAACGAUUCCUCAGGAGUUGCAGGAAUUGUACAAUUCUUAUCAGCAAGAAAUCCAUGCUUCGACCUACGCAGAUAGCAGCUUCUCGCCCACCGUUAGUCCAAACAAGUUACCCCCUGUAUCUAAAAUAUACAGCGACCCCAUCUUCCGUAGAAUAGUUUCAUCCGAAAUUAGCAGCGAAGGAAGUCCACCAUCAUCAGCUGAGUCCGAGGCCGAAAACUACCCCUUGCCGUUACUGAAUGACACAAGUAUAGAUCGUGUCAUGGGACACCCCGUUUCCAGACCGGGAGCAAGCAUGAGAUUACCUCCCUUGCAUCCCCCUAGCCCUCCUGUAAGAGGAAACAGGACGUUGCCUGCUUCUGCCGAAAAUGGCUGGAAUCAAAAAAACUUGAAAAGGUCGCAAAGUGAAAGAAACUUAUUGUAAAUGAUAUUUGUAUAAAUAUUUUUUAGCUACUUAUACAGAAAAGUACAAAAUGUGUUGAAACGAUAUUGCUUAUUUUUAAUAAAUAGUUUGAGUAAAUAUACAGCAGAAAAAAAAUAUUUCCAUUAUUCCAUUAAACCA